ACUGGUGCUGUGCUGUCAGACGAGAAAACGGAUCGUUGCACUUUAUCAAAGAAACGCUGAAAUCCGUAAAAUAAUUAAGUUUUCUAUGGAUCGAAAGUAAUUUAAUAAUCAGUACUUAUUAAUUUUAAUCAUGUUCUGGAGCGGGAACUAUAUAGCUGUGAGGGAGCUAAAUUCCUUGCUCAAAGAAGAGAACGUGACGCUCACUCAGGUGCUAGAGGCAGAUGAUGUGCUGCAGGAGUGCAAAGCGGAUAACAAGGCACUCAUACAGUUCCUCACACGUCCAGACAUCCUAGCAGAGCUCGUAACACUCAUCACAGAGGAGCCCCCCAAGAAUGUAGAGCUCAGCCUCCAGUACCGGCACGCCACCAUAGCCUGCGAGGUCCUCACAUCCCAGCUGCCCACACUCUCGGACCGGCUGUCCAUGGACACAGUGCAGAUGCACCGGCUCUGUGACUUCAUCAAUAGGGAGCCUCCGCUGAACCCGCUGCUGGCGUCAUACUUUAGUAAAACUAUUGAGAUGUUGCUUGACAGAAGUCCUAAACAGGACUGGUACUUAUACCACAUCGUGUGCCUCCGCGUCUUAGACUUCCUAAAGGCGAGGCGCGAUUUCUUACCCAAUCUGCUGCGACAUCUGCACACCUCGGCGGUUUUGGACGCGCUGAAAUGCUUCAUACGGCUUAAUGAUCUCUUCAAUAAGCUCAUUAUGGAGUGGCUAGAAGAGCACCAGUUCCUCGAAGCCCUGAUCGCGAUCAUCUGCGGCACGUACGAGCCGCCGCCGCUCGCGCCGCGCGCGCCGCCCUGCGAGCUCGAGAAGGGCCAACAGGAGGAGAGUGAGAAAGCGGAGAAGGAGGCCAUCGAGAAGGGGGACCUGGACGCGCAGGGGAAAGAAGUACGAGAAGACCCACCAUCAUCUGAGCAGGCGACGGGCGACAACGCACGGGCUGAAGCGGAAGCGGAGGCGAAAGCGGAGCGGGCGGCGGAACGCGUCCGCGCCGUGGCCGCCGCCAACGCCGCAGCUCUGCUUACCGACAUCAUCCUUAAUGGUUGUUCGGCGGAUUAUAGCCAGGUGACGCCUGGUGGAAAUACAAGGUCCCGCACGGCCGCGGCGCUGGUGGCGCGCGCGACCUGUCCGGGCGGCGUGGGCGCGCUGCUGCAGGCCGUGUUCACGUGCCCCGCCGCCGCGCGCCGCCACGCGCUCGUGCACGGCGCCAAGCUCCUGCUGGCCAUGCGGGAGGACCAACACUGCACUGCCGACCAGGGCGGCUCGGGCACCAGCACUCGGAAUGGCGUGGAGCUGGCAGUGGCGCCGCACUUGCCGCUCUUACACACGGCGCUGCUGCAGCCGCCUGAACCUUACAUGCAUGAGCCAUCAGCAUGGGAAGCGCCGACAGACGGCGGCGGGGGCGCCACCGUAGCGGGCGCGGGCGACGCCGCCGUCACCACCGAGGUGCUCGCGCCCGAGCGCGACGCACCGCCCGCCGAGGCCACUGCGGCGGAGGGGCCCGCCGAGGCAACACGAUUCACCGAGGCGACAACGGAGGCCAAAGAACCAUCAGUUUCGGAGGGGGCAACCGCAGACGUUAAAGAACCCUCUGCCACAGAAGUACCGACAGAGGCGCCUAAAACUUCGCCGCGGGUAGCGGUGGGAGCGGCACGUUUACAGGUGGCAGCGUUGCUGGCGGCGUUAUGUGGCUCGGAGGUGGACGAAGUGGCUUCCACCAUGCUUACACUAGGUACCCCUGGCGUGCUGAUCGACAUGUUCUUUGCGCACCCGCACAACAACUUCCUUCACGCCCAGGUCCUUGUCAUGGUGCGGAAUGCGCUAUCUAAUCGCGCCUACAGGACGCAGUACGCACGACACAUAUUGAAGGAGUGCGACUUAUUCAACAGAUUAAUGGACGUUUAUGAAGAAAAUGAAGCGAAAAGGGGCACGUCGAGCAGCCCCCGCGCCGGCUACAUGGGCCACGUGGUCCUCUUGCUCCGAACGAUAGCUCCCACGUUAGAGGAACGAACCCCCGCCGCGGAACGAUGGGCAUCGUCUUCCAUCGAGUCGGUCAUUAAGCAACUUGAUACGCCCCUCGGCGGUUACUACCCCUCGGAAAACACGUAUGAAGUCGAGCCGGAAGGCAUGGUGGAAGUGGAGUCUCGCCUAUACAACCUGUCUAAUGUGAGUAAUACAAAUUAUAGCGACUUCGCCACCGAUGAAGAUUUGAGUGAGGUUGCGUCGUCGGCCAAGAUGAAUAAGUUUUUGGAGCUGAUUAAGCAGCGGAAGGGCAACAAAUCGGACAUGUGGGACGACGAGCCGGAGGGCGAAGCGGAGGAGGAAAGAGACAGAGAUAGGGAAGACGACGGGGAUGAAAAGGACGACGACGACGGCGAGGCGAGAGCCACCGUGCACGAUGUCCUUGCUCCUGUUAGCCCAUGGGAAAGCUCGUUCGAAGAAUCAAACAUGGCGGGCGAAAGCUGGGCCCAGUUCUCCGCCGACGCCUUUGGCGCCCCGAUUGACCCUUUUGCUAAUACCGACUCGUUCGCCAAAUCCGACGCGUUCGCUAACGAUACCUUCGCUAAGUCUGACGACUUCGCUAAUGACGCGUUCGCUAAUGACGCGUUUGCUAGUGAUGCGUUUAAGAAGGAUUUCGAUGGCGUUACGUUUAAGGAGGAUUCGUUUGGCGAAGGUGGCAGUGAGGAGUUUACGCCUUUCUGGGGAUAUCAGGAUAAAGGGGAUGAUGUGAACGGCACCAACGGCGUAGAGCAAUCCCUCCACGGUCUGCGGCUUGAUGCUAUGGACAAACCACUAGAUGAAUUAAGCAGCUCGCUGGCCGACAACCUCCGAACUGCUAUGAGCUCUAUGACGCCCGAGGUAAUAGCAAACAUCGUGAACGCAAACAUGACGCCCGCGCUGAACGUUCCGCUCGACGUACCCAACGCGUCCAACCCCACAAACGCCUCCAACGCGUCCAACACGUCCAGCACCGCCAACGAACCAUCCAACACAAGUGAAAGUGAAAAAGUCAGUGAUAAUGAUUCUAAAGAUCAACAAAAUCAGGUUCAAGACCCCUCCGAGAGCUGAUCCUCUCGUGGUGGGUAGUUUGCAGUGGCGGAGCGUCCGGAACUCAAUUCCCACGUAGGUGAGAGUUGAGCACAAUCCCACAGGUAUUGAAGCAGGCCUCAUUAUCGGCUUGGCAUGCCGCGUCGCCACUGGUAGUUCGCGGGCCUAAGGUCGGCAAUACGUAGUGAAAAUGGAACAUGGAAACGAUUUUCAAUCUUAUUGAUAGGUUUUAACCUCUUCCCAGUCCCAGGAUUCUAAAUUUGCCAGCCAAAAAGAGUCUCUGAGGUUUGUAAUUUAGAAUUGAAUUUUGAUUGUCGUAGCUCGAGCGGUUAAACACCAGAUUCAUUAACUAUUGGUAUCUCAUGUCUAUUUUCACUUCGAGCGCCAAAGACCCUCGGCCGGCAAAGAUGCAAUACUUAAUCCCUUGUUACUCUGAGCCAUAAAUGUAUGAAUCGUCUGGUCCUAGGCAUGGUAUCUUUGCAGGCUUUACAUGCGUAUAUCUGAAUAAGUUACCCAUUAGUAAUUCUUAUUGCAAUGUUAUAAGGUCUUCUAAUGGACACCCAAUUUUAAUCUAAAAUAUCAGAUUAUUGAGACAAUCUUCAAAUACUUGUAUCUCUCCUACAUUUUAACAAAGUCCGACCAAGCUAUGUCUGCACAGAGUAUACCUUGCAUUAUAGAUUUCAAAUUCCCGUGUAAGUAUAAAUUUUGUAGUACCAAUUCCACGCAAAGUCCGUCUAAGGAUCUCGUAUUCCAGCUGUCCAAUGUGCAUUGUGUCUCACUAUCUCAUUAAGCAAAAUGUGAGAUGCAAGAUGCAAAUACACAUUAGACCAAGAAAUUGGACAGGUGGAAUACCAUCCUAAGCGUGACCGACUUGAAUUAAACAAAGUGAGAGAGUGUCAUUAUAAACGUCAUAUUUUUAAUCUUACAUUAUUGAUGACAAUGACACAUUUUGUCAUUGUAAAUGGCACGCAAAGUUAGUUUGGUCCGAUCUAUAUGUUUUUGCGUAUUUCCUGUAUAACAUUUCAGACCGAUAUUUUUAACACCAGCCCUAGACUUGACGUGUCAUACAUUUAUCAUUCCAAUUUGGCAAUAUUUCGCUAUGUAUAGCUGACUAUUGGCUGUGUUUCUAAUUAUAAUAUACCUGGGAACAGUAGGGCUGCGGCGGGUCCGAGCCUAGAGCCUUGCGGUAUUCCGUGCGAGAGACGAGGAUAAAUUAAACCUUAUUGUAUUUUCACAAGGUUUAUUUUUCCGCUUGUGAGUUAUUGACCAUUAUAAACUGUUUUGUAUUGAAAAUUUGACACACUUUGCUACUAUAGAUUGGCCAUGGUCAGAUUUUUACUUCUAUUAACAUGCAAAGCAAUAUUUUAAAAUCCAAACAGAAUAUAUUAAAACGCUGGUAAUGCUAAUUAUCAACUAUUUUUAUUUAAUUUUUCCAAAUCUUGUCGCACGGCUUUUCCGCAGUAGAAUCGAUCAACGUUUGUAUAUAAAUGUAUAGUUGUAACAAAUAAUUUGGGCAAUUGAAUCGAGCUUUAUAUUUGUAAAUAUUUGGCACGGCCAGGCCGCAAACGAGCUUUACAAUGACCUAAUUUAACGGGUAGCUUUUGAACGUCAUAUGUUAUAUGAAAACGUUACUCAUACGCCAACAUCAUGGGCGCAAAUGAAUAUAAUCCUUAUUUGAAAGCAUACGCCAUAACAACUUCUUAUCUAUUUACGUGAGUUUUGUGCUCUUUGCGUUCAAUAAGUUGCCAUAAAUUUUGAUUUUGAUGUAAAACACGCUCUUUUAAAUUUGGCACAUGAAGUUUAUGUUAAUUUUCAAAAAACUAAAAACUAUUUAAGAGAUUUUGAUACUUAUUCAUACGUUUAUCGUCUUCACUGCUAAAUCAAAUAACAUGUUUUCCUAUAAGGUUGUCGACCAUAUUGACAUGAGGCGUUCAAAAGAUAUAUUUUAAUCAAUUUUAACUGAAACGACUAAACUAAAUUUGACAUCACAAUUGCUAGUCUACCAAUGCAAGAUACGUCUUAUAUAUCAAGUAUUGAGCAUUUUCGGCAUGUUUCGUGCUAUCGGUUUAUAAAAAUCUAUUCAGACAAAAUGUCAUUAUAGUUUUACUUUUCUUGUAAACUAUUGUGACUGAAAUAACUGUUAAUAUCGUUUCAAAAUUUCUUGCUUCGAUAUUUUCAAUUUAACCGGUUAAUGUUUCAGAAAAACGAAUGAAUUUACCAUUAACUGGUAUCUCAAUAGAACAGUUAUUUAGCCGGUAACCGCAUAUGGACACGGAAUCCUUUUCGUUCCCGGUUUGAAAAAUAAAACGGUUUCCGAGACCUGCUCGUGUGUCAUACUGGCAUUAAAAUAAAAAUUAAACCGUAAACAAUACAUGCUGAAAUUACAAUAAUUUAUGCAAUUAAUUCAUCUUCAGUUAAUUUCCGCGUGUCGCUUUUCACCACGGCGUGAG